GUGUCUUGCCCAGUGAUGCAAGACAUCGCCCACCAUGCGGCGGACGUCCUGAGGUACGGGGCGCAGGCGCUGGGGGCCACUGUCGUGGCGCGGGCCGCCGCGCCGAGCUGCGGAGCCUGCUCGCCGCACCUGGCCUGCCCCGCGCCUCCGACCCUCUCCUGCCCCGUCUGCGUCUGCGCUGGCGCGGGCGGGCACGUGGUCGAGCCCUCGUGUCUGGGCCUCGUCACGGCCUACUCGGUGGCCGCGCUGACCAUCGGCCUCGUUUUCGGGGCCGUGGGAGGCGCCUGGGCGGCGCGGCGGCUGCUCGGACCGACGCCCCGCCAGCCGCCCGCCGUGGUGGAGUUCGUGGACGUGAUGGCGGGCAGCUUCCACGUGCUGCGCUACCGCGUCGGCGGCGUACCCCUGUGGCACGAGCGCCUCUUGCUGGGCGUCAACGGGGGCCUCGGCUACAUCCUCACGCCCGACUUCGACGACUACGACGAGCCCAUCGUCGUCGGCCCCGACGUGCGAGCGGUCCUGCAGCUCGCGGGCCAUGGCGACACGCCGCCAGCGCUGGCGGGCGUCGCGGUGCACCGCUUUCGCCGCCUUCCGACGGCCGCGGAGCUGUGGGCGGCUGUCGCGCGCUCGGUGGCCGCAGGCUACCCGAGGCCCCCCGACCCUCUGCCGCUGGCGCUCGCGGCGGGCAACGUCGUAGGCGCCCCGCCUGGUCCCUUCCCGCUGGCGGACCCUGCGGCUGCCGCAGCCCUGCUGCCUGCGGCCCUGCCGCCACCUCCUGGCGGGGAAGGGGCGGCGCUGCCUGCGGGGGCCGCGGCCCCGCUGGCGAUGCCCCCCGCGGCCGCGGCCGCUGCGGCUGCGCCCGCCGCCGCCGCCCCUGGGGCGCCUGCCCCCAUUGGCGACUUCAGGGCCCUCCCGAUGCUGCUCAACCCGAGGGGCGAGCGCGAGAGGAGGUUCGGAGAGACCGUCAACGCCCUCUCUGAGACCCCUGUGCAGGCUUGGCCCGUGCAAGGGCCGAGGGCCCUCCUCUGGGGUUUGUCCUUCAUGUCGACGAUGGCGGGUACGCCCACCGCGUGGCACCAGAGGUGGCUCACGUCGAUGGCCCUGCCCGACGAGGACGAGCACGCCAAGCUGCACGAGACGCUUUGCCACGUCCUGGACCUCGCCAUCGUGUACGAUCAGCUGCAGAUCGCCGAGAUGGCAUCGUUCGAGAUCAUCGCUCGCCAACUUCAGCUCCUGGAGGAGCGG